UUAAAGGCAUGACGAACUAAUCUAUUUUAUCCACCAAAAAGGAGCGUUCUUGCUUAAGCGGGCGACCAGUUUGAGUUAAUCAUAAUGGGCUUUGACAUUAACGUUUCUCUGGGGGUAAACAGGAGCUCCGAAGAGGAAAUGCUGGAAAGACGGACGUUUUCCAUCUUCAGCAUUCUCAUGCUGACUUUACUCGUCAUCUUAAUCAUCGCUACCUUCUUGUGGAACCUUUUGGUGUUGGUAACGAUCUUCCGGGUGAAGACGUUCCACAGAGUUCCUCACAAUCUGGUGGCUUCCAUGGCUGUGUCUGAUGUGAUGGUGGCAGCGCUUGUGAUGCCCCUCAGUCUUGUCAACGAGCUUUCUGGUCGAAGAUGGCGACUGGGGAGACUGCUUUGUGAUGUGUGGAUCUCCUUUGAUGUUCUCUGUUGCACAGCAAGCAUCUGGAAUGUGACUGCCAUAGCUCUCGACAGGUACUGGUCAAUCACCAGACACCUGGAGUACACGCUGAAAACAAGGAAAAACAUAUCCAACAUCAUGAUCGCAUUGACCUGGGUUCUGUCAGCGGUGAUUUCUUUGUCCCCUCUUUUUGGAUGGGGAGAAGCUUACACGGCAGACGAUGAGAACUGUCAGGUUAGCCAGGAGCCGUCUUACACUAUCUUCUCAACUUUUGGGGCUUUUUACCUGCCACUGUCUGUAGUUCUCUUUGUUUACUGGAAAAUUUACAAAGCUGCCAAAUUCAGCAUUGGAAGUCGCAGAAGGAACGCGGUUGUGCCAAUGCCAGGGGUCGUACAGGUGAAGGAAGCACCUCUGGAGCCACAGAUGGUGUUUACCGUGCGCCACGCCACCAUCAUGUUCCAGACAGAUGGAGAGACGUGGAGGGAACAGAAAGAGAGGAAAGCUGCCGUGAUGGUGGGCAUCCUGAUCGGGGUGUUUGUACUGUGCUGGAUCCCCUUCUUCAUUACGGAGCUCAUUAGCCCUCUCUGCUCCUGUAACAUCCCUGCUGUGUGGAAGAGCAUCUUCCUGUGGCUCGGCUACUCAAACUCAUUCUUCAAUCCGCUCAUUUACACCGCCUUCAACAAGAACUACAACAAUGCCUUCAAAAAUCUGUUUUCUAAACACAGAUAAGUCUGUCGGUGCACCUUUCAUCUUUGUGUAUGUAUUAGCAACAGCAGUCUAUCUGUCCCCUGAACUAAUCUGAAAGUACUGUGAAAUCUGACCAGUUUGUUUUUAUCAGCCGCAUAACAAACUGGAAGACGUUGCCCCAGUUAGGA